UGUUGCGGUCGCUCUUGCAGGAGUUCUGGGAACUCCAGGAGCGGACCUCGCGUCCGGGCCACCGCUGCGCCCUCGCAGCCGCGUACAGCAGGUGCUCGGUAACCCCUGCGCCGUACGUGACUGGCACUUUUCUUGACCACCAUGGAUUAAGGUGACCUCAACCAACUUCUUCCUGUUCUAAUCCCAUUUCCCACGUCUAAGUCCUUGGGCCACCAGGACACAGGCCACCGGGGCUGCCGGCAGACCUCUGGGCGUCACAGACGAGUAUGUUUCAAAAGCAGCCAGGCCAGCAUAGCAUCGGCUCCAUGCAGGAUCCCAUCAUGAGGAAUGGCUAUUACAACGUGGUGGCGACUGUGCUGUUGGUCAUGAAUUUUGAGAGAACAAGAUCAGUGGAAGAUCUCUGUGGCCUCUGUCCAGCUGGUACUUUCUGUGGAAAAAGCAAGAAUCAGACUUGCAUUCCCUGUCCUUCCAACAGCUAUUCCAGCACAGGCGGACAGAGAGCCUGCAACAUAUGCACCAAGUGUGAAGGUUACCACAGGGUCAAGAAGCCGUGCUCCUUCACCAGCGACACAGAGUGUGACUGCAUCUCAGGAUUCCACUGCUUGGGGGCAGGAUGUGCCAUGUGUGACCCAGAUUGUAAACCAGGCCAGGAACUGACAGCAGACGGUUGUAAAGACUGUGACCCUGGGACAUUCAACGAUCAGGAAGGUGGUGUCUGUAGACCCUGGACAAACUGUUCACUGGAUGGAAAAUCAGUACGUGAGAAGGGGACCAAGGACAGCGAUGUGGUCUGUGGACCUGCUCUGCCCAACAUCUCUCCAGGUAACUGCUCAGUGACCUUGCCUGUCCCUGUGAGGGUGCAGGACAGUUGUGUUAAAACCAGGCCUGCUGGGACUCAUCCCAAACCAGUGCUGCCCCUUUGUGAGCACCAAGUCCUCACCUUCUUCCUGGCGCUGACCUCGGCCGCGGCGGUGUUCCUGCUGAUCUUCCUCAUGCUCCGGCUCUCCAUGGUCAAGUGGAGCAGGAAGAAGUUCCUGUAUCUAUUCAAACAACCAUUUAUUAAACCAGUACAAACUGCCCAAGAGGAAGACGCCUGUAGUUGCCGGUUUCCAGAAGAAGAAGAAGGAGGAUGCGAACUGUGAAGUGAAAUCCCAAGAGCUGUCGGAACUCGCCGGAAAGAAGCCAGAGAAAUUGAGUGAUCUCACUGUCAUGUCCUUUUAUUUUGAAAAGUGUCACACUAGAAAGCACCCAGCAUUGCCCCAUGAGUCUUCUCUAAGGCUAAUGAGUUGGCCUUUACAAAUGUUCCACUCUUAACAGAAGCAUGGGGCAGCGCUGGUGGUGAAUGUAAGAUGCUACUUAACAGGACUGGGCUAGGUUUUUGAAACCCAUAAAAAAAAAAAAUGAUACUUUUAAGUCAAUCCCAUCAGGGGCUGGGGAUGGAGCUCAGUGCUGAGCGUGUGUAAGGACCCGGGUUCAAUCCCCAGCCCCACAAACAAACAAACAAACAAUCAGAAACAGAGAUUUCGAUUCAAUCAUAUGGGCAGUGGUCCAGCCAAAAUUACCAUCAAAACCAGUGCAGGUUUUUUGUGUGUGUGCUAAGUGACAUAUGGCCAUAAGCUGUAGAAUAAGCAGUAAAUAUUCCCUACCAGAUUUUCCAUUAGUCCCGUCAUUAACACAAUGAUGUCCUCCACUGUCAGCAAUGAUGAGAGCCCCUAAGUUUGGGGUCGAAGGAGACAUCACAGAAUUUAAAUAUUUUUGCCUGGGCUGGGGUCCUCUUCAUACCCUCACCUUCUGCCGUUGUCCCUCUGAGCCGUUACAUUAAUCAAUGGGACAUGCCUGAAAAGCAUGAAGUUCAAGGAAAAAGGAGCCCCCGGGCACUCAGCCCAGCCCAAGCACUAGUGCAGGACACCAAGCUCCCACCGCCUCCUCUGGCCACCAUUUGCCUUUGUAUGGCUUAUGCGCUCAGGAUGGUUUUCGCAUUCUUAAGUGGUUAAAAAUAAGAGUGAUGUCUCAUGGCACAUAGAAUUAUUGGAAACUCAGAUUUCAUAGUCCAUAAAUAAAAUUUUAUGGGCACCCAGCUACAUCCACACACCUGGUCAGAAGCCACCUUUGCACGACAGUUUGGCAGAGUCGAGGACUUGUGUCAGAGGCUGUAGAGUUCCAAUGUCUAAAAAUUUGAUAUCUGACCCUUUGUAGGGUCAAAGUCAAGGUCAGAGGAUCCAUCAGAAUGCAACCUCCCUUCUCAUCUUCUGCCCACUCCCAGGCAACCUCUCUAGGAAAUCUGGAAUCUUUUUCUUGCUUCAAAAAAAUCAUUUAUUAUUUAAUUUUGUGUCCUAAAACUGUUUUUUAGCUGUGUUUAUUUUUGAGCUUUGUGAAAAUGAUACUGUGCUGUAUGGAGACAUACAUGUGAGUUGCUGUAAUCAUUCCAAAUUAUAUUUAUAAGACUUA